AUGGCGUUAAAGACCUGUUUGAAGGCCAACAUCCUGCUCAUCCUUACCGUCAUCUCUGCAGUCAUGGGCGUGACCAUCGGGUUGCUUUUUCGUCAGCUUCAUCUCUCCCCGGACACCAUCCUACUCAUCAGUCUCCCUGGGGAUAUAGUCAUGAGGAUGUUGAACAUGCUCAUACUUCCGCUGAUUGUUGCAAGCAUGAUCACAGGAAUUGCCAACAUGGACAGCAACUCAUCGGGAAAGAUGGGUCUGUUCACUAUGGCCUACUAUAUUUCAACAACCGUCAUUGCAAUCUGUAUUGGCUUUGCUCUGGUGUUCAUUAUCAAGCCAGGAUUACGUGACACGCCGACGUCUUCAGGCACGCAGUCUGAAGAGUUCCAUGCUCCUUCGGCAGUUGACAUGAUUCUUGAUCUCAUCAAAAAUCUGUUUCCAGACAAUAUUGUUAGUGCUGCAAUUCAAAGUUCACACACAGUAUACGUCAAGGAAGAGUUCGUCAAGAAGGAAUCUCCUGAUGAAUAUGUGCUCCAGAAUGUAACCAACUCAACGUUUCUGGUAGAAUCUGAUGGGAGAAAUACUACAGAGGAAAGAAACCCCAUCUGGACACCUAAAACUGUCACCAGACCCGGAUUUAAUGUUUUAGGGAUGUUGGUGUAUUGUGCAGUAUUUGGGGCAGUGCUUGGUAAACUAGGAGAUAAAGGUCGGGUCGUCUUCAAAUUCUUCGAGGAACUGAAUGAGAUCACGAUGGGCAUUGUACACCUCGUUAUGUGGAUCACGCCUAUUGGCGUACUGUCCCUCAUCGCUGGAAAGAUCUUGAGUGUGUCCGAUCUCGCUGGGAUGGUUCAUCACAUAGGGAUGUUCUUGGCCACCUGCAUGGCCGGUCUUUUUGUGCAAACUAUUGUCGUAAUACCAUUGAUAUACCUCAUUCUGACACGGAAGAACCCCUUCAUGGUGACGCUGGGAAUAGUGCAGGCUCUUCUGACAGCUCUGGGCACCAAUUCCAGUGCUGCAACACUUCCGGUUACCAUCGACUGCUGUGAGAAGAAUCUUAAGAUAGACAGGACUAUCAGCCGGUUUGUGCUACCUAUCGGUGCUACUGUCAACAUGGAUGGAGCUGCCAUCGUCCUAGUCGUCACCCCGGUUUACAUAGCACAGAUCAGCGGAGUGCACCUAUCUGUACUUGACGUCAUGGCUCUUGGCGUGGCUGGCACCCUCACUAGCAUUGGGACCGCUGGUAUACCUAAUGCUGCCAUAGUAACCAUCAUGGUUUUUCUAGCCAAUAUGGGACUACCAACAAACGAAAUCUACAUCAUUUUUGCCAUGGAUUGGUUUCUCGGGCGAAUGAGGACUAUCACUAAUGUGAAUGGAGACUGUAUGGGCGCAGCUAUUCUGCAGCAUUUCUUCCACCAGGAUGGCAGCAAUGGUUCGGCAUAUGAAAAUAGCCCACUCCCACAGGACGAGAGAGAGAUGGAGGAAGUUUAG